AUGUGGUACCUUGCAGAGUUCGUGGAUCAGGACCAGUACCUGUUCAUCGCUCCGGUGUCGAAGGCCUUCAGGCGCGCAUGGGGUCCACGAGCUACGGUAACCCGACCCGUGGUGGCUGAUACUUCCGUCAGGCAGCUCACGUACUGCUUGGAGCUCGGCCUGCCCUCGAGCAUCAGGCAAGCGACCAUCUGCAACGCCGCUGCCCGUUUCGGCAGACUAGACCUCCUUAAGCUUGCCCAAGAGAGCGCUUGCGGGUGGACCCCAGCGACUUGUGCUCAGGCCGCCAGGGGGGGACACGUUGAGACCCUGCAAUGGCUUCGCGCAGAGGGUUGUGACUGGGAUGAAAAAACAUGUCAACUGGCCGCCCUCGGAGGUCAUUCCCGGGUCCUGAAAUGGGUGAGGUCCCCAACCGAGAACUGGCCGACGGGGACAGUGGACCCGAAAUCAUGCCCUUGGGGCCCACAGGCGUGCGCCGAAGCUGCCUAUGCCGGGUGCCACGACACUUUGAAAUGGCUUCGUACACACGGCUGCCCAUGGGAUGUAAGGACAUGUGGAUCUGCCGCAGCUGGCGGAUUCUUCGACAUCCUUCAGUCGGCAGUUGCUCAAGGAUGCCCCCUGGACGGCGAAUCCUGUUACUUGGCCGCUUGCAGAGGAGAUCUGCCCAUGCUUAAGUGGCUCCGGGAUAACGACUGCCCUUGGGACCUCGAAGACGGGGGUCCAUGCGCCGGGGCUGCACUUGGCGGCCAUCUUGAAGUGCUAGUGUGGGCGAGGCGUAAUGGAUGUCCAUGGAACGCGCGGACCUGCGCAGCGGCAGCGGAUGGUGGGCACCUGGAAGUGUUGCAGUGGGCCCGAGAGAACGAGUGCGAGUGGGACCAUGACACUUUCGCGUCGGCUACCUGGAGACAGCACUUUGGAGUUAUGCGCUGGGCACGAGCGAACGGCAGUCCUUGGGAUAGUCGGGCUUGCGCGAUGUCGGCUGCAAGAGGGAAUCUCAAGAUCCUUCAAUGGCUUCGUGAAGAGGGCUGUCCUUGGGAUAGCGACAGCUGCACCAAGGCAGCCGCGCACGGGCACCUCACACUGUUGAUUUGGGCCCUAGCGAACGACUGCACAUGGGACGGGGAGCUUUCAGACGUGGCAGAUGCCAACGGCUACGGCUACAUCCGUGGCUGGGUGAAGAAUAACGUUUGGCGGACCACUCGCAAGCGACCAUACCGCUUGAUAUCGAGUGGUGACACUGGGCGAAGUGUUUCAAUGCAUUACGCACCCACUUGGUACCAUUUGGUUGGUGAUAACGGACCCUCGCCAAGGGACGCCCGCAGCUAUAGCCCCGGGGGUGGGUAUCGUUUUUUGUUUAUUUUUCAUCUUUUGGCCCCUCUACGUUUAAGCCCCGAGGUGUUAUUUUUUCGGCAGAUGUUUGGGGCACCCGGCGGGCCGUUUGCAGGCAAACCCACGGACGGCAUUCAAUUGUGGCAGCAUCCUCGUGUGUGUGUCAGUUGCCGUGUUGUUGUAGUUGGUUUGGUGUUGGUGUUGCAAGCGGGUUGA